UUUCAUAAUAAUGUACCAAUCUUUAAUUCAACACAGACUGCAACGAUGGAAAUUGUACAUUGAGCAAUAACAAAACGGUUGUAACGUUCACCUGUCAAAAUUUGAAAAUUCAAAUGUUUACUUGAUUAUUUUGUUGGUGAUUUUAAUUUAAAGAAUCCAUAAAAAUGGAAGAUUUCGAUAUAUUCAUCAAUGAAAUAAACUACACAAAGCCUCUUUAUACAAACAUACUGAACAAAUUCGUAAAAGAAGUACCAGUGGCCCCGUUUUCAGCAAAUUAUGAAAGUGCUCGAAAAUUACAAGCAGAGGAAUGUCUUAAGGACAAUGAUGACUUAACUUGUGCAUUUCACUUGAGUGAGGCAGUGUCUUCUUCCUUGAGGACUUUGGCAGUUUAUAGAGAUGAACAGAUUAAAACUGGCAAUGACAAAAUGCACAUGAUAAAAAGUCACAUAAAACCUGUGCAGGAAAUACUCAAAAUGAAUACAAAAACACAAAAAGAAACUGAGCUACUAGAUCUUCCCAUUGAUUUGGACAAAAUCACAAAGAUACUGAAAAAGUAUGAAAUAUCUGAUGAUGAACCUUUGCACAAGACAUACUUAAAGUUUACUCCUGAAAACAGUGUUGAGGACUUUCAGAAAAUCCUUAAAGAACUUCCAAAAGAAUGGACAAUAGUCCAACUGACUACACCAUACAAUGCCAACGAGAAUCUCAAGCCCCUCAAUGACUACAGAACUGAAAUUGACUCAAUAUACAUAACAGUUCUCACCAAUGAUUACCUUGAUGACUCUGUGGGACCGUUCACUGUGGUGGUACCAGCUAAUGUGGUUAAAGAAGGAGAGAAGCCGCUAUUCACGGAGCUGUACUCGCUGCUGGAGGACAACUACAAGACCAUAGAGAACGCGCAGCUCCUCAACAACAAGCGCCUCGUGAGGAACUACUGGAGCCGGCGGGAGGACAUCGACCUGCGGAUGAAGAGUGUGAUCAACACGAUGGACCGCGCGUGGCUGGGCGGCUGGGGCGCGCUGCUGACGGGGCGCCUGCAGGACCCCAAAUGGAGAGACCGGGUCCGGGCACUGGUAGACACCACUAUCACUGACUGGGGAUUCGUCCGCCUCACCCAGAAGGAACGCGUCCUCCUAUACAACCUCAUUGAGAGUUCACCACAACUAUCUUCAAGCCAAAUAAAGACAUGCCUUCGAAAGAUACUUACAGAAAAUGGCAACCCUGACGACGUAAGAGAAGUGUUGGGCACAAGCGACUGUAUCCACUGCACCGUAGAGUUCAAUUUGCUAACGGAACUCUGCGUGAAAUGUCUGGCUAAUAGCUUCAAGAGUAUUCACCGCUUUUCGUUGGUGGAUGGGAUAAAGGCAUUUUCGCAAGCAGCAACCCUGGUUGGGCAAAGCGACGAGUGGGCAGACCUGAAGAAGGCGAAACGUCAUCCAGUUAUUUUGAUUGUUGAUGAGAUGCUGGACACAUUCCCCUGGGAGUGCCUGCCUCUGCUCAACACGCACCCUGUAUCUCGCAUGGAGAACAUACACUUCAUAUACUAUCUGUACAAAGUACACGAGAAGAACAUAGUGGAUGGAUACUACCUGUCUAAGGCAGAUGAGGGACGAUAUGUUAUUAAUCCUGAGAAGAACCUCUCCCGUAUGGAGCGGCGUAUGGUGUCGUUCGUACAGUACUGGUGCCCCCAAUGGAGCGGGACCGUGGGCGAGCCCGCUGCGCCGGAGGACUCAGACUUCUUUCUCUACUGCGGCCACGGCGAUGGGGGCCAGCUCUCCGCGCCGGCGCCCCCCGCCCCCGCGCCCCCCGCGCUGCUCGCCGGCUGCGGCUCUUGCCGCGUGGCCCGCCGCGCCCCCCGCGCGCCCCCCGCCGUCUCCGCGCACCAUUAUCAUAUUGCUACUAGCCCCAUAGUGAUCGGCAUGCUGUGGGAAGUGACCGACUUGGAAGUGGACAAGGUGGUGACGUCACUGCUGUCUCUGUGCGUGCCCUCUACUGCGCCCGUGCCCUGGGACCAGGUGGGCAAGGCGCGCUGGGGCGACGGGCAACUUGAUACAAACGUGGAGAAGAAGUCCGACUUCAAGCCGGAGCCGCUUCUGCUAUCGGCCGUGGCGCGCGCUCGUCGCUCCACCAGCUACGUGAUGAUCGCCAGCAGUGUGGUGGCCAGGGGCAUACCUGUCAGGGUGGUCGAGGGUACUGGGGGGUCAUAG